AAGCACUGAGGGCACGGCCCAUCUCUGGAAUUAAUGGGAUUCUUACUGUGAAAGAGACGUAAUAGAUUUAAAUUGCUGAAGUCCAUCAUGUUUUUUACCCAAACUUUGUUAUCCAAGUUUGAUGAGAUAACAAUUUAUCUCUUUGUUUCUCCCUGUCUUUAGUCACAAUAUCUAUUUUAAUGAAAAAUGGAAUUCCGCAAUAGUUUUAUGCUUCUAAUUCCUAAUUAUUUUGCUGCAUUGCAAGUAACUGCACAUCUUUGCAAAGUAAGAAAGCUACUGAUAAUUUAUACCCAUAAUAAUUCUUUUGUUAAAGUAUCAUAUUCAUGGGCUUAUAGCUCAUUCAAAUCACAGCCAAUUUUCGCAGGAACACUCAAAGCCACUUCUUGACAAUGAGAGAGGUUUUUCUACUAAAUUUCAAAGUUCAGCCCUACCUAUUUCCUAUCUUGGCAUUGUUCCAGGAAAAGGAGUUGCAAUGAUAAUAUUUAAAGUAUAUUUUCCCAUAUUUUACUUAUAUUCAAACAUGAUAUGGACCUUUGUUGCAAACUCUUACCAGAAAUAAUCAAUUCCGGUAUGACUCAACAUCUAGAAAAUUUGAGCUGCAAAAUGAAUGUUUCUGGAAAUGAUAGGUAUCUAAAAUUGGAGUGCUGGAUUGGAAAUGCUAAUACAGGAAUAAUGGCAUUGUAGUCACUGCUGCUUACAUUGAUAUAGACACUGCUUCCAAGGAUAGGUUGAAAUAUUAAAAUAGGAUGGCAAUUCUAAAGGCAGGGAAUAAUACAGUCAGCAAUGCACAGUGUAAAAUCAUGUUGAUUGUGGGAAAAAUAAAAUUAUUUUGCCUAUGUUGCUGAGAAGAAGAUGGUUGUAUGGAGAAUGCAGAUGUGGUUAAAAUAACCAUACUGUUUUCCUGUAUUUAUAUAGCAAUCUCAACAAACAUACACACGGGAUUUUAGAACAUCAGAUGAGCAAAAAGGCAGGGCCUGAUACCAAGUAAUUGCAUUUCUCUGAUGCUUGACAGUGGACUGGGAAUGCAAGAGAGGAUUAUGUGGACAGAAUUUACUUAAACCAUGUGAACAAGGACAAAGUGGGUUAUUUCCUAGGACUCCCAACUUUUGUAUAGCAAAGGAUUUAUUUUCCCAAGAGUGAUGCCUUUCUUGUUCUGUAUGGGAGCCUCCAAGAAGUCUGACUGCAGCAUGAUAGAAUAUGCCAUUUGCACUAUCCAUUUCUUCCAUUUUCAGGUCAGAGUUACAGCUGGAGCAGGAUGCAGAGGCAGUGUUCCCUAAAAAGACCUCGAAGCAAUGGAAUAGUGUUUGACAUCUCAAAUCUUCCCUGCAGCUAAAAAACUAAUACUUUAUGUUGAAUGGAGAAGUUUCAAAAUAGGUUGGCAUGACUACAGAAGAAAUAGAUUAUUUGGUUCACCAUGAAAUAAUCAAGCAUAAUGGUUACCCGUCACCUCUAGGAUUUAAAGGUUUUCCAAAAUCUGUUUGUACUUCAGUAAACAACGUGGUAAGCCAUGGAAUUCCUGACAGCCGCCCUCUCCAGGAUGGCGAUAUUAUUAACAUUGAUGUCACAGUGUACCUCAACGGCUACCAUGGUGAUACAUCCGAAACACUGUUAGUGGGGAAUGUGGAUAAGGCUGGUCAAAAGUUAGUGGAGGUUGCUAGGAAAUGCAGAGAUGAAGGAAUUGCAGUUUGCAGACCCGGGGCUCCUUUCUCCAUAAUUGGAAACACAAUCAGCAACAUUGCACAUCAAAAUGGUUUUCAAGUCUGCCCUUACAUUGGUGGUCAUGGGAUAGGAACGAACUUACAUAGUAAUCCUGAAGUUUGGCAACAUGCCAACGAAAAUGACACAUUAAUGGAGAAGGGAAUGGCAUUCACAAUAGAGCCCGUAAUAAUGGAAGGAAUGAUUGAAUGUUAUCUCCUGGAUGAUGAUUGGACUCUGAUAAGUGCAGACCUCAAAAGAUCAGCCGUGUUUGAGCACACCAUUGUCAUUACAGACAAAGGAGCAGAAAUCCUGACCCUCCUGGCUAAGGAAACUUAAGAGCCACCAGCUGGCAGGAGAACCUUUUCCUGUGGUGCUUGGGGGGGGGGGAACCUGGCCACGGAAGCACUGUAUCAACCCAUUUAUUUAUUUAGGGGAGCUGCUUUCUGCAGGAUCCUCAAAGGACAGUGAUGUAAAACGGGAUAAUCUUUAAACAAAGCAUGUAACCCUACUCCACAACUAUACAAAAAAUAUAAUCCCCCCCUUUCCUAAA